GUCAAGGUAAGCAGGCUUAACAAGUGCACGCAGCGGCAUACGCCUGAACAGUUCCUUUCCAUUCUCAUUUCACUCCCUAACCAGACUUGCGCCAUGGCCACCUUCUCCUCGACCCCCAUCGUUAUUGAUGGCAAGGGUCAUCUUCUGGGCCGCUUGGCUUCCAUCGUUUCCAAGCAGGUUCUCUCUGGCCAGAAGAUCGUUGUGGUGAGAUGUGAGGAGAUCAACAUUUCUGGUAGCUUCUUCCGCAACAAGCUUCGUUACCACAAUUUCCUUCACAAACGCCACAUUGUCAACCCGAAGAAAUCGGGACCCUUCCACCACCGCGCUCCUUCCAAAAUCCUCUUCCGUGCCAUCCGCGGCAUGGUUCCUCACAAAACUGCACGAGGAACGGCUGCCCUCGAGCGUUUGAAGCUGUACGAGGGCGUGCCUCCCCCUUACGACCGCAAGAAGCGGAUGGUUGUUCCUGAAGCUCUGCGGGUACUGCGAUUGAAGCCCGGCCGGAAGUACUGCACUGUCAAGCGCCUGUCUCAUGAGGUCGGCUGGGGCUACAAGGAUGUUGUCGACCGCCUUGAGGAGAAGAGGAAGAUCAAGGCCCAGGCCUUCCACGAGCGCAAGCUUGCGGCUGUCAAGCUGCGCCAAAAGGCCACUGCCGAGGCAUCUUCGAGCUUCCAACAACUCACCCAGCUGGGCUACUAGAUGGAGAACAGCACAGGGUUUCUAUGAGUUGAUAUAUGAUAUGACGAGGCGUUACAAGACCAUGCAUGUACUUAUGCGAGCUCUGUUAGGCAAGCGUUAUGAUGCUAGCUAUCCACUGUCCACUGCCACUGUCUACGGCGCG